AUGGCUCCAUCGGUCAAACAGCGAAAGAUUGCCAUUCUGGGCAGUAGAUCUGUCGGCAAAUCCUCGUUGACCGUCCAGUAUUGCGAAGGACACUUUGUGGAAAGCUACUAUCCCACGAUCGAGAACACGUUCAGCCAUGAGAUUGUCUACAAAGGCCAGACAUUUCUCACCGAAAUCAUCGAUACUGCCGGACAGGACGAAUACAGUCUUAUGAAUUCGAAGCUGUAUAUCGGUAUCCAUGGCUACCUUAUUGUCUACUCGGUGGCCUCGAGGCAAUCCUUCGACAUGGUGAGGAUAAUUCGGGAUAAGCUUUUGAACCAUCUUGGCGCCGAGUCGGUUCCCAUCAUGAUCGUCGGCAACAAGAGCGACGUCGACGCCAAAAAACAACGCAAAGUUGCGACCGAAGAAGGGCAAAAGCUGGGCCAGGAACUCCAUUGCGGUUGGAUCGAAACCAGCGCACGGAAUAACACCAAUGUGGCAAAGGCAUUUGAGAUGAUGAUUGCCGAAAUCGAGAAGUCGCAGGAACCCGACAAGCCUGCUGGCGGCGGCAAGUGUGCAGUGAUGUGA